GAGAGCCAUUUUUACUGUUGAGUAACAGCACACUGGUCGGCUGCGCUAGGACACACCAAGGCAGGAAGUGCUGCUCUGGUUCGGCUAGAGCCAGUCUCCUUUCCCCUCACCUCUCGUACUUGUUGGUCCUGGGGCUGUGUUGGGGAGGCCCCGUAGAGGACACACAAUGGAGCGGAGAGCUUGUGGUAACUGGGCCGUUGUACUGCUGAGAGGGGGAUGGGGUGGAGAGAGGACCGGCUCUCACAGCUAACACAGCCUGCUGGCUGGAGGCUCCACAGCCUGGACACUCCUGGAGCAGACUCUGCGCCCACAAAGUUAGAAUUACUCACUAUGUUUUCUGCUGUUUUUUUCAAGUGAACUGAGCCUGAGGAUGACACCCCUCUGUGUUUUGGAGAAGUAAAAGGAGAGACCGACUUCAUUGUAAUUCUUUAAGGCCCUCUUUUGGAAAAUACUUUUUUUGCUGUGAAGUUCUUAAAUGGAUUACAUGAUGCACGCCAAGUCAAACGAUUUGUUGGAUUUCCAAAAACUGGACGCCCUUCUGGAAAAAAUUGCACAUUCAGUCUCUGUGAAGAGAGAGUCCAGUGAGGAGUGCAAUGGGAUCAGCGGUGCUCUGUCAGUGGAGUCUGUGCCGGGGCCAAGACUAAACCGGUGUCCCGCUAACGCCCCUGCUCCAGCCUCUGCACCUACCCAGGGGCACCCGCUCACAGCCAGCCCUGUCAGGAUCAGGAUGGGGGACGGCGUGGACACUGCAGCACAGAUGUCAGGGGGCAACAGCAGCAGCCAUGGUCCAGCCGGGGGACCUGGCAACCCCUCGCCCCCUGAGUACAUCAACCUGACCCGACCCAAACGCCAGACCAAUCAGCUGCAGUUUCUCCUCAAAGUGGUGGUGAAGGCUCUGUGGAAACACCAGUUUGCAUGGCCUUUUCACGCCCCUGUGGAUGCCAUCAAAUUGAAUCUGCCUGACUACUAUACAAUAAUUAAAACCCCUAUGGACAUGGGCACAAUAAAGAAAAGGCUUGAGAACAGUUACUACUGGAAUGCCCAAGAAUGUAUCCAAGACUUCAACACCAUGUUUACUAAUUGCUACAUCUACAACAAGCCUGGUGAUGAUAUUGUCCUCAUGGCUGAGGCUUUAGAAAAGGUUUUCCUACAAAAAGUCACAGAAAUGCCUCAAGAAGAAAUUGAGAUUGCUGUUAUGACUGGAAAAGGACGCGGUAGAGGACGUAAAGAUGCAGGUUUGAGCCUUAAACCAGGGGCCAUCAUCGAUCCCUUAUCUACAACUCCUACCACGCGGGGCCUGUCCAACCUGUCAGCCACACCACAGAGCAGAGGACCCGCACAGGGCACGCCUUCACUACCUCCUCAGCCUGUAAUGCAGGCCCUGCCUCCCCAUGUGGCUCCCCAUGUUGCACCUCAUGUGCCCCCCCAUGUGCCCCCCCAUGUGCCCUCCCAUCUGCCCCCCCAUGUGCCCCCUACGAUACCCAACCACGCACCCCAGCUUGGAGCUCCUUUUUCUUUAACUCAGCCAGAAUGCCCCUCCCAAGUUCCCAUCAUGACUUCAGUGCCUCCUGCCCAGACCGCCCUGGCUCCCACACCCCUCCAAAGCACUGCCCCUAUGCUGCAAAACCCCAUGACCAUGAACAAACAAAGAAAAAGCCAGAAGAGGAAAGCAGACACUACAACACCCACAGCGAAUGACCAACUGAGUGAAUCCUCACCGGCAGAGUCCAAGUCGGGCAAAACCUUCCCCCGGCGAGAGAGCACCCGGCCUUCAAAACUAAUGAAAAAGGAGGCUCCGGAUUCUCAGCAUCACAUCGGCCUGGGACCAAGUGGAGGUCUCAGUCCUAAACCACAGGAUCAAAUGGGAUACUGUGCCAGCCUGGUUCGAGAGAUGCUCUCCAAGAAGCAUGCCGCUUACGCUUGGCCAUUUUACAAACCUGUUGAUGUAGAUGCACUUGGACUACAUGAUUAUCAUGACAUAAUUAAACAUCCAAUGGACCUCAGCACCAUCAAAGCAAAACUGGAGAACAGGCAAUAUCGGGAUCCCCAAGAAUAUGCUGCAGAUGUACGAUUAAUGUUUUCCAACUGCUACAAGUACAAUCCACCUGACCAUGAGGUGGUUGCUAUGGCACGUAAAUUACAGGAUGUUUUUGAGAUGCGUUUUGCAAAAAUGCCAGAUGAGCCUGAGAACAAGCCUCUGGUCUCUGCUCCGGCCACAUCCCUCCUCCACCCGGCCCCCGUCAAACCACAGCCGCCUCUGAGCCAUGCUCCAUCCUCAUCAGACAGUUCCAGUGACUCCUCGUCAGAGUCUGAGUCGUCUACAGACGACUCUGAGGAGGAACGCGCCCAGAGGCUAGCUGAACUUCAAGAACAGCUGAAAGCUGUUCACGAGCAACUGGCCGCCUUAUCCCAACCUCAAGCCAGCAAACCAAAGAAAAAAGAAAAAGAGAAGAAGGAGAAGAAAAAGGAAAAGCAUAAGAAGAAAGGAAGUGUGCCCAGUCUGGUUGACGAAAUACAGGAAGCAACUCCAGUGCCACAGCUCCCCAAGAGGAACAAGACCAGUAGUACAAACAAUAAAGAGCAGAGUUCUAAGAAGAAAAGCAAAAAGGAGUGGGUAAAAGGCAGCCACCCCCCAGUUCUGCCUCCUGCCCCAUCUUUGGAGGAAGAGCUUGCAGCUGCUGGGGGUGCUGUUUCUGGGGAAAAGUGUAAGCCUAUGACUUAUGAGGAGAAGAGGCAACUAAGUUUGGACAUUAACAAGCUUCCAGGUGACAAACUUGGAAGAGUAGUGCAUAUCAUUCAAUCCAGAGAACCCUCGCUCAAAAACUCAAACCCAGAUGAGAUUGAAAUAGACUUUGAAACGCUCAAACCUUCUACUCUACGGGAGCUAGAAAGAUAUGUGUCGUCUUGUCUACGGAAAAAGAAGAAGGCCCCUGCAGAGAAACCUCUGGAGGCAAUGUCUAAAAAGACUGGAUCCUCUUCAGAAAGUAGUGGCUCAAGCUCUGACAGUGAGAGCGAGGGGCCUGGAAUGAUGAAACAGACAAAAAAGAAGGGUCAUUAUGGGAAGGAAGCUAAGAAAACACAUCCUCACAUUCAGCCUGGCCUCCAGCCUCAGCCCAACAGUCAGAUAAAGGAGCAUCAGCCUUCUCCUGCUGGGUUCAUGGCACCCCCUGUAGCUGCUCUGGAGUCAUCGCAGAUGUUGGAGACCAGUUUUGACUCUUUGCCCUCUUUUGGCCAGCCUCUCAUGCAUCUGUCUCAUCAUACGAGCAACACGUCGUCUCCCCCACCUCCCCACCUUAAUGCUCACUCUGCUGCUCCAGUGUCCCCAGAGACACACCCUUUCCUCAAUCAGCAUCCCGUCCUACAAUCCCCAGCCUUGCACAGUUCUAUGCCUCAACAGCCUUCACGACCGAGCCACAAGGCAGCACCUCUUCAUCCCAAACUGCCCCAACAACAACAACCACCACCACCGCCACCACAGCAACCCCAGCUGCCCACAGCCGCUCCCCCGCCACAGCACCAGCUCCCCGCACAGAUCCUCCACCCUUCUCAGCCCCUGCACCAACGCCCUCUGUCCCCUCCCACACUCACCCCUCAGGGCAUGCUUUCGUCGCAGCCCCCACAGUUGCUGCUAGCGGACGAUGAGGAGACCCCCACCUCUUUGAACCCUGUACAGUUGUACCUACAGCAGUUUCAGCAGGCCCACCAGACCCCACAGAUGCCCCCUCUCCAGGGGCAGAGGCAGUCACAGCCAGGGCAUUUACAGACUGUCCCAGGGCAGCUGUCGUCUCAAGCACCACUGCCUCCUCCACAGCUCCCUCCUCCACAGCUUCCUCCUCCACAGCUAGCUGUUCAGUCCCAGACUCCACAAGCGGCCCCACUACAGCCCCCCAUGCAACAAAUGCCCCAUCACCCGCCCCGCCACAUGCAGCACACCCAACCCCCGCAACAACCAUCACAACCGCAGCAACUGAACUUUCAACAGACACCUGGACUAGCAGGUCAGUCCCAAGGAACACAACACAAAGUAUCCAUGCCCAUCAACAAAGCACAGCAAGUAAUUCAGCAGCAAGAGCAGCCCUCGUCGCGGACAGUGAAGCCGGACCCUUACAACACAGGUAACAUGAGGGACAACCCAUCUCCACUCAUGAUGCAUUCCCCACAAGUCCCCCAAUAUCCUCCAGUCUCUCACCCGUCCCCUCCUCACAACAUCCAGUCUAAAAAGCAAAGAAUACCACAAGACAUUGUGAAAGAGGAAAAACUCCCUCCAUCCCCAGUGAUGAGAGGAGAGCCUUUUAACUCUGCCAUGAGACCGGACCACCCCAAACAUGAAGGCAAACCCACUCAACAAGGCCACAGUCACCAGAGGAUAGACUCAAAGUCUAUGGACAGCACGUCGCGACCUGUCAUCCGUUCGUCUGAGCCCAGUGGGCCUCCACCCUCAAAUCCAGACAAGGAAAAGUACAAGCAAGAGUCCAAGGCAGCAGUGGCGCCCAAAAAAGUCCAGGAUGUGAAAGUAAAAAAUAUGGGCUCAUGGGCCAGUCUGGCACAAAAGUCAGCAUCCACGCCAAUGUCUGCUGUGAAGUCAUCCAGUGACAGUUUUGAGCAGUUCCGUCGCGCUGCUCGAGAAAAAGAGGAAAGGGAAAAGGCUCUGAAAGCUCAGGCAGAACAAGCCGAAAAAGACAGACUACGGAGAGAACAAGACAAGCUACGAGGUCGAGAUGAGGAUGAGGUGAUAGAAACAAGUCGACGGGUUCACGAGGAGCCCCGCAGACGACACGAGCCACAGCACCUGCCCUCUGUGCCCCAACCAUCACCGCAGCAACAAUCGGACCCCCCUGCCGCCCCGGUGCAGCCACCCGCACAGCCCCCCACACCACCUCAGUCCACCACACAAAACUCACUCGACCAACAGAGAGAAAUGGCACGAAGGCGGGAGCAGGAGAGGAGGAGGCGAGAAGCGAUGGCAGCAACUAUUGACAUGAAUUUCCAAAGUGACUUAAUGGCUAUUUUUGAGGAGAACCUGUUCUGAGGAGAUGGUAAACAUACCUGCAAAAAUCAGAGACUAAAACCCGAUGAUGUACACUUCUAAAGAUUAGCCAUCAUGGACCAGAGGAGCUUGGACCGCUCUAAGCCUGGCGGGCCGUCGGUUGGGCUCCACAGCUUGCCCUUAGCGAACUGAACGCAUUCAAAUGAAAGGCGGACAGACACAUCUUUUUGGAUGUGGUUGGCCUGAAAUUAUGGCUUCACUUGUUUGAAAGCUCCUGAACUGAGGCGACCCAUGCUGGCACAGUUGCCUUUGUCACACUUUGUCUUGGCCAGACGAGAGACACCAUAGUAACUUAAUAAAUGCUCUGAUAAUGUACGACAGACUGCGCAGAAGCUUUUCAAAACUGCCAGAUGUCUUUGGUGUUGAAGAAGACCGGUCUUUUAUGUUGUGUUUUGUUUGUUGCAAGUGAACACAUCUGAUGGUUUGGAGGGACUUCCAUACUGUAAAUCAUGUAUAUUUCUCAGCAGAGAAGGUACAAUUUGCCUUACACGUUUUUCCUAAACAGACCAUUAUGUUCUGUGGCCUGGAUGCAGACCAAUAACACACAACAACCAGGAGCAGCGUAGAUCUUUUUCAUCAUUUAGUAUCUACUGUAAAGAAGUAUUUUCUUAUACUACAAAAACUGUUAUUUUCAAUAUUUUAUUUCCUCUCUAUUAGACCUAUGAAACUUCACACCAAUACACUCCACCACCUAUGUCUAUGCCAAACGACCCAUACUCUUAACGCUCACCUUUUUGUCCUGAAACACGGUAGGUAAGUAGGUAGUGAAAAUCCUUGAAUAUAUGCAUAUAAUAGUUCCAGUAUUUAUCACAAACAGAAUUGGGGGGAAAAUAUCAACCUGCAUUGUGUUUUUAUGGAAAAAAAAUCAAACAGCAACUAAAUUGCAAAAUAACAGUGAUCCAGCUCCCCUUGGUUUAGUUGAAUUAUUGAUAACUACAAAGUUAUUUAUAUUAUUUUUAGGCAUCAUAUUGGGAAUUCUCAAAUAUCAUGAACCUACUUUAAAAAUCACCAAUCGGUUAGUUAAAACAGAACAAUGUCAGGAAUGCUUGAAAUGGGACAAUCAUAGAAAAGUCCUAAGUAAAUCAGGAUUGUUUUAAAGAGGUUGUCUUUACCAAGUUUAACAGUAAAAUACAGAGAGUAAAACACAAAAUACGAUAAAUAACGUUUUGAUUUUAUCUUUGUUCUUGUUCAAUGAUAGUGGAUGUGAAUUAAAAUUCAGUUUUGCGAGGCACUGUAUGCUUCAAUUUGAAAAACAGGCGAUCUCAUCCUCUGCUCUUCUCAUGGUGUUUUCUCUGGUGCCUGUAUUGUAUUACAAUUCUCGUUGGCUUACAUUACACUUCGAGGGAGGGUCGGAAAGGGUCAGAACUGGGUGGUGUAAUAUGUGAUUGGGGCCGACGAUUUUUUGAAAGCGUUUGUGUAGAAAAAAAAGAAUUAAAAAGUAAAAGACAGCAUUUUAUAUUUCACCCGUUGUCACUAUUCGGGUUUUAAAUUUAGUUUUAGCUGGACAUCUAUGAGUGUACACUUGUCAACUACUUUCAUUAUGUUUCAAUCAGCAGAUUUUAGAUAGAAAAGUUUCAGCGUUGCCACUCGCGUUCUUGUCUGCUCUGUCAGUGUGACUGUGUACAUUUGGAUGCCUGUUUGCCUGUAUGUUUUUAAUGUGUGGUGGAGGGAGGCAUGUUCCCUAAUGUAGAUAAGCAACUAUUGACCAUAAGAUUAAACGGAUAAACCUUAGAAGAACACGUUUCUUCAGUCACCUUUUAAUUUCUAUAAAGUCCACAUUAUAUAAAUAUAUAAUUUUUAUUAUUAUCAGACUGGUUUUGAAUAGGUUAAAACACUUCAUUCCUUUUAACCGUCUUUUGACAAUAACUGUUGGACAUAUGUGCCAUGGUUUCUUCAGAGAAUGUGCUGACCGCAGUUCAGCCUGGAGUUUGCUUUAUUCAGGUAUUUUAUUUUGUGUUACAUUUGUUCUGUUUUGGGGUUUUGUUCAAACAUUUCCUCAAUUAUUUGGUAUGUGAGUGGUCUUUCGAGGUCUGAUUCAGUCAGUUAUGAUUAUUGAAUAAACUCAUCUCUUUUAUAGAAAAUUAAAAAAAAUAAACUAAAAAAAUGUA